GCAGUGCUGGGUAAUGGUUGGACUUGAUGAUCUUAAAGGUCUUUUCCAACCUAGUUGAUUCUGUGAUCUGUGCUUUAUUUACAGUAUGAUUGAUCAGAGCCAUUGCAGUAUAAGUGGUUAACACCUGAAUGCUUGAACAAUGGCUAAGGAGCAGCCUUGUGGUCACCAUGGCAGCAGUGGAUCGUUUCCACCUCUUGUACAGAGAGAUCAGUCGUUCCUGCAAUUUUUACAUAGAGGCCCUGGCUAUAGUUGGAGCCUGGUAUACAGUCAGGAAGUGUAUGUCCCUUGCGAUUGACACUUACAGCAUGCUUAGGUUGCAUUUAAUUCCGAAGCUGGGCUGUGAGAUUGAUCUUGUCAAGCGCUAUGGAAAAUGGGCCGUGGUAACUGGUAGCACAGAUGGUAUUGGGAAGGCAUAUGCUGAAGAGCUGGCGAAGCGUGGUGUCAACAUUAUCUUAAUCAGCCGAAACAAAGAGAAGCUGGAGGCUGUAUCUAAAAGCAUAUCUGAAACCUAUAAAGUGGAAACAGAUUUCAUAGUAGCUGACUUCAGCAAGGGUCGUGAGCCUUACCCAGCCAUUAAGGAGGCUCUGAAAGACAGAGAAAUUGGGAUUUUGGUGAAUAAUGUAGGAAUGUUUUAUUCCUACCCAGACUAUUUUACCAGUCUGUCUGAGGAUAUGCUGUGGGACAUGAUCAACCUAAAUAUUGCUUCUGCUAACAUGAUGACACAUAUUGUGCUGCCAGGCAUGGUAGAGAAGAAGAAAGGUGCAAUUGUGAAUGUUUCUUCUGCAUCCUGUUGUCACCCAACACCAAUGUUGACGAUCUAUGGAGCUUCUAAAACCUACCUGGACUAUUUCAGUAGAGCACUACAUUAUGAGUGUGCCUCAAAAGGAAUUUUUGUUCAGAGUUUAACUCCAUUUGUCAUUUCUAAAAUGACAUCGUGCAGUGGCAUGACAUCAAAGAGAUCUUUCUUUUUUCCUUCUGCUGAAGAGUAUGCAAGUCAUGCUGUUUCUACUCUUGGGUUAUCUACAAGGACUACUGGUUACUGGAAGCAUGCAAUAAAGUUCACGUUGGGUGAGCACCUACCUGAAUGGAUCUGGGCAUGGCUUGCAUUGUAUAUUUUCAGAAUGACACGCAAGGAAGCUUUAACAUGUAAAGUGAAAUAGGAGUAUUCAGAUGUCCUUUGGAACAAGUACUGUAUAUUCUGAUCAGAGUGCUGCCAAAAUGUGUAGUGAAUGCUGGUGGGCUUACUGUAACUUACCUAUACCUUGCUACAUGUAACCGAGACAUCCGAAGUCUGGAUCCUCUCUGCGUGUCGCAUUAAACUGCUCUUCUGCUGCUUUCUUGUGUGACAGAGAGCUAAUUUUUUGAGGUCAACGUGUGUUCACUUUCUCUUCAAGGCAGGAGGGCAGUUGUUUUUGUAUAGUGCUACACAGUUUCAGCUUGCAAAGUUGACUGAAUUUGAGAAUUCCCCAAAUUUGUUAGAAAUUCCCCCCCCCCCAAACAUGACACUGUUCAGAAAGACAACCCCUGUCAACUGUAUUAAGUUUCUUUAACACGUAGUUUUGCAAAAUUUUCUGUCUUCUAAUGGCAGAUGUUUGUGUGUUUCAAGUAUAAAUAUUGUUGCCUUUGAAUUAUGUUAUUUAAGUAACUUUUCAAGGUGGAUAGCAAAGGACUGUUGACCUGGAGAUAGUUUAAACGACUGAAGAGGUUUUACAGAACUGU